AUGGCGCCGCCAACCCUACCCAGUUCUCUCAGUCCCCACGUAUGCAUCUUGGCAUCCCCUGAUGUCCAAGACGUCCUGGAGAGGGCUAGUCUGCCACCGCUACCGGACAUCCUGCAGUGUUUCUCCCCGCUCCCGCAGAUCACCACCAGAACCACGUCAUUAACGUCGGUUCCGCAUGCGUCCUUUGCUUUGCGCUUCUCGGACGUCGUAGAGAUAGAAGACGCCGUCCACGAGGAUGAAGAGCAGCGCGCCGGGAGGAUGAUGGAUUGGAUGGGCUCGCGCAUCUCCCAACGGUGUCAAAAGUGGGUGGAUAUGCUCGAGUCACCCACGGGUCAAGAUGGCGGCAAGAUGUGGAGAGACCGGACACCAUGGUGGGAGGAGGUGAAGAGAUGCGUGGAAGGGGACCAUGUCCCGAGCAGCGCUGAGGGGUGGAAUCAUCCUGUGUCGCUGAUACUGACCGUGACUACUACCGCGGCGAACCCACUACAGGCCCUCCAGGAACUCGCCUCGCGCGCAUUCGACUUUCCCCCAUGGGUAGACCUCACCUCCAUGCGCUAUUUCCUCAUCAUCCACCCUUCCAACUCCCCUCUUGCGGACCCUAUAGCUGAGGCGUUGUUUAAUGCCGUCAAGAAACAAUACGGCCUACACAGUUUCCUACUCCCUCUCCAUCUCCCCACAGAUCCUUUGCCUGCCCCCGUACCCGUACCCGCCCUACCGCCACGACUCCCCACGAUUAUCCCGCUACACUCACCUCCCCGUACCCCACAACCAUCUCGCCCUAAUAACAACCCUCCACCGUCGCCAACUGUUUAUACAGGAAGCACCCUGCGCUUGACGCAAGAUGACAUUCAGCAGCUCGGUCGCUUCGUGCGCGAGUUUGUGACUAUGAGCCUUAUACCCUGGAUGGAGAAAUGUGUAGUAGAGUGGAACGAGAACUAUUCCUCGUCACGACGCCUACCGUCCCGUCUGUUCUCGUCAACACGCCGGCUGUUUGGGGCUUCUUCUGCUGCGUCUUCACCGGCGACACCUACACACGGCUCUAGCCCGUCGGUCUCCUCUGUGUCCAACAGAUUCACCCACGGCCCAAAUAGCUCCGUCAGCUCCAUCACUUCCGUCACGUCGAUAUCAACGAUGGGCGGAGGUAACGUUAACCAGCAGCGACGGCUUGCUGAAUUUGCGACUAUCCUAGGAGACUACAAGUUGGCCAUCUCUGUGUGGGAGACGCUGAGGAAAGAGGGUAGAGGUGGUUCCGACAUUCUGCCAUUACUCUCUGCUCCAUCCCCCGCGCUGUCCCUACAUGCCGAACACUCGCUUACAACGCUCAGAGGUCCACAACCCCGGGUAGGUUCAGGCUUCGAAGCCCCCGCUCAUGCGCAAUACCGGGCGCUCGCAUAUGCUGUACGAUGGGAGACGGGUAUUGACCGCCAGGAGUUCCUGAAUUCCACCCUAGAGGGCGAGCGAUGGCUUGUCAGGGCUGCUUACAGCGCAGAAGAGCCUCCGACUGCGAUCCUCUUCGCCCACGCUGCGUUCCUCAGCGAGCUCAAGGGCUUGCGGCGGAAAGCUGCGUUCUGGUACCUUAUCGCGGCGGAGAAGCUCGAGAAGACCGGGAUUAAACCGCUUGCGAUGUUCUUCUUCCGCAAAGCCCAGAGUUUAUACCGAGAUCGACCUCCGAAAGAGUUAUCGCCGGCGUUCUGGGAAAGCGAGGACCGCAGUCCCACCCAGUGGGAGGGUUUCACGGCUGUGCUCCCCGCCAUCGAACACGAGCUAGGAAGGCUGCUAUACACUACCGGAGACACCGCCAGUGCCAUCAAAUACUUCUUGGGACUCCUGAAGCCGUUCACACCUCAAGGGUCGCAGCUAUACCCAACGCAUGGCGCCAACGGAGCAGGGUCCCCGCUUCUCCCGCAGCCUAGUAGAGACAAGGUCUAUCUCGAGGACUUCCGAGUAGCGUUCCGGCACUUCAAAACCACAGAAGGCGACGCAUGGAAGACUCUGGGACUGCAGCUUCCUAUAACUUUUUGCCAGGCGAAACACACGCGGGUAAGGUUUCCUGGGGACGCAGUAGAGGGCGAUUCUGCCGCGUGGGAGGUGCUCGAACAGGAUUGGGCGGCAUUCUGGACACCGCGUGGCAAGGAGAAGCUGGGGAAGAGCGGACAGGCUGCGGUAAAUGAGACUUUCUGGGUGGAUAUCGCACUGCGGAAUCCUCUGGAUGUCGAGGUCACGCUUUCGGCGUUGACCGUGUCCAUACGGGAGGCGUCUGCGAAGGGUGCUGACAACAACCCAGACUUCGUGGAAGUGGAGGUCGUCGAUGACAUCGUUCUCGGUGCCAAAGAUACACGCAUGAUACCCGUGGCAAUAAAAUGCACGCGCCCUGCAGCACUUGUCGUUACACAGGCUGUGUACGAGUUCUUCUCGCUCCUGCCGGCCGUGGAAUCACUCGCUGUCCGCGGUCGCCGGCUCAAUGAUACCCCUGCCCAGAGGCAAGACAAGUCGUACGCCCCCGAUGUGUUGAUACGGAUCGAUGUGGAAGAGGCGGGACAACGCCUGCACGCGCAUUUCGUCGAUGACCGACACCUCAACCUCGCCCAAGGAGAGUAUAAGCAUCAACAUGUUUGGCUAACCAACUCGGGAACGCGCUCCAUCAAGGAACUUUGGGUAGUCACUAAUCAAGAGGAUGAGUUAUGGUUCAAUGCUGGCAGCAGCGACUCGACAGAAGCGUCAUCGUCCUCACCGCCCAAGACUGAGGUAUUGCGGUCGAAGAACACCCUCGCUCCACGGGAACCGUAUCGGGUGCCGUUGGAUGCUAUUCAUUCGGCGCCUCAGCUCGAACCAGGGGAAGAAGUGCAGUUGCCCUUUAUUCUUCAUGCUGCACAUCAUGGCGAGAAGGACCUCAGCCUGCUCUUUGUGUUCCGCGAGGCCGACGAUGUCGAGUUUCACUCUACCCGUGUGACGCGCAGAUACGAGGUCAAGCCCAUCCUGAAGGUCACCACUUCCGCUCGUCCAAGCCCGUCCGCGGACUCGACCUACAUUGUCACUGUGGAGAUCGAAAAUGUCACCGGAUCAAGCAACAUCGAGCUCAAGCAACUGUCUGCCAUGAGUGCCACCUGGGACUGUUCGCCGAUGUUGUCGUCUUCGACCGGCCUGCUCUGUCCGCCUCAUCAAGUAGCAACCUUCUCAUUAGGUGCACGGCCAUGGACUUCCGGAGCAGGCGUAUCAGAAACGAGGGAUUUCGUGGCCAACAAGAUUCGGGCUGUCCUGCAAGAGACUCCAAUCGACCCUUCAGAGCCGCCUUCCCUCGACCUGACUUGCACACAUAUCGCUUCUGACACAGACAUUGUAUCUCUGCACAAUCCUGCCACCCAGCACUUCAUCCACUGCGGCCGACGGGCCAUGACCGCACAAGCAACUGCCGCCUCCCACCCAGACAUUCCCGCGCGGCUGCACCAGGCCAUCUUCCCCCUAUACAACCCGUCCACGGUCGACAUCGUGCUCUUCUGGGAGCUCCCCGCUCAGAAGCGCGCGGGCCACAUCCUGCUGCAGGGUCCGACGCUCGGUGCGGGACAUGCGGCGCUGCGAGAGAUCGUGCAAGCGGCAAAAGUCAUGAAGGUGAAACGCUCGAUGUACGCGGAGACGCAGCGCGAGCGUGCGGCGAUCCUUGAGGCCGUGCAGGCGUGCGAGUGGAAUCGCGAAGACGACCCCGUUGCUGUCUUCGUGCAGGACGGUGCGGUCGUGGAACAUGACUUCAGACAGGGGCCUUGCCAUGUUCCAGUGGCGUUCACGUUCCGCAACCUCUCGCGCACACACCCUGCCCGGGUAACGCUCAAACUGGCUGAGAACCCAGAGGGUGAACCUUCGAGCGACCUCCUCCCCCCUCCAUAUGCCGGCCGCCUAACGUUCCGCAAGAUCCUCGAACCCUCGGAAACAUAUACCGCACACGCAAAACUAUGGGCGACUCGGCCAGGAGCCUAUGCGCUCGACUCGUGGACGGCCGAGACCGAGGUCGGCGAGCCUCCUCUACCUGCACCAGAACCUCCAAGUGCAGAGUCCAAACCGGCCGCGUGGCGGUCAAGGCAGAUGCAGUACCUGCAGCGCCCGCGGGCGGGCGAGCGGCCGUGUGUCGCGGUCGUCGAUGUUGGGCGGCUCGCGUAA